AUGCCAAACAACCAAAGCUGUCAGGCUUGUCAAGGAUCGGACAACAGCCGGAUGGUCGCUUGUGACAAAUGCGGAUCUUGGUGGCAUUUCGACUGCGUCGGUGUUGGGGAAAGUAUUAGCGAGAAGGACUUUUGCUGUCGGAAGUGUGUCUUUAACGACAAGGAAGACGAAAAUCCACAGAAAUCAUCCAGCGUGGCCAACUCGGAAGUCGGAACAUCCACAGGUAGCACCCGGAAUCGAACAAAGCUUCGUCUUAUGAAACUGCAGCAACAGAAAGAGCUGAUGAAGCGACAGUUAGAGCUCGAACGGGAGGAGCAACGCAGACGUCACGAAGCGGAAAGAUUGCUGAAGGAGAACGAGGUGGAGAAAAAGCAGCUCGAAAUCGAUUCGAUAUAUUUGCAGGAGAAGUUUCGUGCAUUAGAGGAGGAUUGUGACAACGAUUGUGAUGAUCUAAAAAGCCGGAAAUCUGCCCAAAGCAGCAUCAGCAAAGUCAACCAAUGGCGAGAGCGACAUCUAGGGGGCUUGGUUAAUUCAACCUUAGUCACCCAAGAAACUGUUCCAGUUGCGACUACGACUUCGACCGCUGUAGUGGCAGAUCCCACGCAUUCCGAUGCACUCCAAACGGUAGCAAGCUCCCCUGCUGUCAAAAGUGUUUCUAAUACGCUCUCCACGGGGAUAGCAGCAACGACACCAGUGUGCAAUAAGACCAGCACUAUCCUGACGACCGUUCAAUCGAUCCAGUCGGCAAUUCCAGCUCCAAUAUCAAGUUCCGUCGCGCCGGUGUGUGCAAACCAUCCAUCAGUGACACAACCCGUCAUUCAAUCGGCUGUGGGUGGUCCACCGAAUUUGAGCAGUUUGGGUGGGUUGUUAAAUCGAACGUCUCAACAAUAUCCGUUUUGGUUUCCGCAUGGAAGCGCAAUAGUUGGAGGAAAUCCAUCAAUAGGAGUAAGCAACUCGCAAGGUUGUGCGAUACCAGCGCAGAUAGUAAAUCAGGGCAACAGUAAUUAUCCGUCAGUUGGAGUAAGCAUAUCGCAAGGUACCACGAUACCCGUACCGGUAGGCAAUCAGGGUGGUACUAGUAAUUCGUUUCCUGUAUAUUUUCCUCCUUUCCCGAAUUAUAUUAAUCAAUACGAUCGACAUUGUCCCUUACCUCCCGAGCUACCAUGGGAACACCCACCGCGAAUGGGCAUGUAUAAUCCUCCCGCCGUCCAACCAUCGACGGAAAACGAAAUAGGACCCACAUCGCGGCAGCUAGCUGCACGCCAGGUGAUGUCGAAGGAGCUCCCUCCGUUCUCAGGGAACCCGGAAGAAUGGCCUUUAUUUAUUAGUUCAUUCACCAAUUCCACUAAUGCUUGUGGGUUUACAAACGCGGAAAAUUUGAUGCGAUUGCAACGUUGUCUACGAGGAGGCGCUUUGGAAGCUGUUCGAAGUAGGCUUUUGAUUCCGGAUUCAGUUCCACAAGUCUUAGCCACGCUACAGACUUUAUAUGGGAGACCGGAAAUCUUGGUGUACGCUCUACUGAAGAAGGUUCGAGAAGUUCCAGCACCGAAGUCAGACAAACUUGAGACGCUCAUCGGAUUCGGAAUGGCAGUUCAGAACCUCUGUGACCACCUUCACGCUAGUAACCAGGAGGCACAUUUGAACAAUCCAACGUUGCUUUAUGAGUUAGUGGAAAAACUUCCUGCGAACCUCAAGCUGGACUGGGCGAUGGUCAAACGUCAACAACCAGGAGCCGAUCUUCGAACGUUUGCUGCGUACAUGUCCAUGAUUGUGUCUGCGGCCACAGAGGUUACUCUGACCAUUGACGCAAAACCAAAUCAUCAAAAGAACGACAAGUCAAAGGAAAAGAAUUUCUGCAAUCCACAUUCAGCGCCUACUGUCAGCCACCCGAAGCCCGAGGAAAAUUGUUCAACGGGGAGGCAGUGCCUGGUGUGCCAAGACCCCUUGCACAAAGUGAAGGAUUGUGCUACGUUCAAAAAGUGGGACGUCGAUAACCGAUGGAAAUUGGUUCAAAAACUAUCGCUUUGUCGUAUUUGUUUAUUUUCGCAUGGAAGGCGUCCAUGCAAGUCGAAAGGGCGGUGUGGAAUAGAUGGUUGUGAUUAUAGACAUCACCCGAUGCUGCAUUCUAUCUCAAAGAGAAGCGAUGCAUCUACGUCAAACAACAAUGCAGUGCAAAAUCAUCACCACACCGGGAGAGGUUCCCUUUUUCGCAUUGUUCCUGUGACACUCCACGGAAAGACACGAUCGAUCACGACAUUCGCCUUCCUAGACGACGGUUCGUCGAUAACGUUGGUUGAGGAUUCUAUUACGAAUUUCCUUGAUGUUGAUGGUAAAGCCGAUAAUCUAUGUCUGGCCUGGACGGGUAAUGUUACUCGUUCCGAAGAGCAAUCUAAGCGGGUGAAGUUAGACAUAUCAGGUGUUACACACCGAAAGAAGUACACCAUUUCUGAAGCUCGAACGGUGAAAAGCUUGGGAUUACCAAGGCAGACCCUAUGCUAUAAGGAUCUUGUUGAACGUUAUCCGUAUUUGGCUGGACUACCCAUUCCGGAUUACAAGGAUGUCGUUCCCAAGAUUCUAAUCGGUAAUGACAAUGCUCAUUUAAGUGUCACCUUGAAAAGGCGUGAAAGGCUACUAGAUGAGCCUAUCGGCACCAAAACUAGACUAGGGUGGUCAAUUCAUGGUCCGAUAGCAACGAUGAGGAAUGAACCAUGCUUCAGCAUGCACAUGUGCCAGUGCGUACAUGAGGAUGAGGACUUGCACAAUAUAGUCAAGGAGUAUUUUUCCCUUGAGAAUAUGGGAGUGUCCCUACAACGAAACUUAGAGUCCGAAGAAAAUCAACGAGCUAGGCGGACUCUGCAAAUUACCACAUUGCGCGUAGGCUUCCGAUUCCAAAUCGGGUUGUUGUGGAAGUACGAUACCUUCGAAUUUCCUGAUAGCUACUUCAUGGCUGUGCGAAGGCUGGAAUGUCUGGAGCGACGUAUGUUGGCGGAUCCUGAACUCGGUUCCAAUGUUCGUAGGCAGAUAGAGGAGUACAAAAUAAAAGGGUAUAUUGAGAAAGCAUCCAAGGCUGAUUUGAUCGCGGUGGAUCCACGAAAAGUUUGGUAUUUACCACUGGGCGUGGUUAUUAAUCCUAAAAAGCCAGGUAAAAUCCGCAUCUUCUGUGACGCAGCAGCGAAAGUGGAUGGGGUGAGCUUAAACACAAUGCUGAGUAAGGGGCCGGAUCUGCUUGUACCGUUGAAGUCAGUUCUAACCGGAUUCCGAGAACGACAAAUAGCUCUAUGUGCGGAUGUGAAAGAAAUGUUUCACCAGAUGCUUAUGCGAAAGGAAGAUAAACACGCCCAGCGAAUUUUAUGGAGAGAUGACCCAAACCAUGAGCCACAAGUGUACUUCAUGAGUGUGGCCACUUUCGGAGCUGCCAGUUCGCCGUGUUCGGCACAAUUUGUUAAGAACCUAAACGCAAGCGAAUAUGCAGAUCGAUAUCCAGAAGCUACAGACGCAAUAAUACGUAAACAUUAUGUUGACGACUAUCUGGACAGCGUGGACAGUGAAGAUGAAGCGAUCAAGAGAGCGAAAGAGGUUGCUUUUGUUCAUUCCCGAGGCGGAUUUAUUAUUCGUGGGUGGAUGUCCAACUCGAAGGAAGUUCUGCAAAAGCUGGGUGAAACAACGAGCGCCGACGUUAAGGAGUUCUCGAUGGAGACUGGCCACUGUUCGGAACGUGUGUUGGGAGUGUUGUGGUUACCGGAAGAAGAUGCGUUCACGUACGCGGCUAAUUUUGUGGCGGUACCUGAAUGGCCUACCAAGAGAGAGCUGCUGAAGACGGUGAUGACUUUAUAUGAUCCUCUGGGAUUUCUUUCACACUUUACCAUUCAUGGGAAAAUCCUAAUCCAGGACGUUUGGCGCAGCAAGGUUACGUGGGAUGAAAGAAUUCCUGUUGAGUUAAGACAACGAUGGGACCAAUGGGUUGCCCUUUUUCCCUUCCUUAGCAGCGAUGCCAGUUUAGCCGCCUUUGCGUGUGUGGCCUAUUUACGCGCCGAGGUAGAUGGAAAAAUUCAUUGCGCAUUGGUGACUGGGAAGGCAAAGGUCGCCCCUCUCAAAUUGACGUCCGUGCCUCGGCUGGAACUUCAAGCUGCGGUGUUAGGAGCGCGUCUAGUCGAAGACAUCUGCUCCACUCACACUCUACCUAUUGCGAAGAGAUUCAUUUGGACCGAUUCUAAAACAGUGCUGGGAUGGAUUAAUUCGGAUCAACGAAGAUAUAGCCAGUUCGUAGCAUUCCGCGUCGGAGAGAUUCUGGAGAAGACACGUGCUACUGAAUGGCGUUGGAUUCCUUCGGAUAUGAAUGCGUCUGAUGAUGCUACAAAGUGGAAAGGCGAGCCUAAUCUAACCCCGGAGGGUCGCUGGUUUGGGGACCCUGAAGUUUUGCAUAUUAAUGAGGAGUACUGGCCGUCAUCUUCCGAUGUCAUGUACGAUACAACCGAGGAGCGACGGUCCAAUUUGGUGAUCGAGCAUCAUGUAGUUCACUCAGUUUUCGACUGGGAGAGAUUUUCGAAAUGGCACCGUUUGUCUAGAACCGUCGGGUACGUUGUGCGAUAUGUCGGCAAUUUGAAAGCCAAAGCCCGAAAACAUCCCACCACAAAGGGUCCAUUGUGCCAAGAAGAGUUAGCAACAGCGGAGACGUGGGUCUUUCGUGCGAUUCAAAAGGAGGUCUACCCGAAGGAAGUGGACAUACUGUCUUCUAUUGGCACUCAGAAAGGAGGCUCGAAAUUAGGCUGCGACAGUAGGCUUUUCAAACUUGCUGCAUUCAUUGAUGAGAAAGGGGUCAUGCGUAUGGAAAGCAGAAUCAGCCUGGCUUCGUUCGCGGCUUACGACACAAGGUACCCCAUCAUACUCCCUCGGAAUCACCACGUUACGACCAUCAUCAUAAUGUGGUAUCAUCACAAGUUCCUGCAUGGUAAUAGGGAAACGGUGAUCAACGAAAUGCUCCAGCGUUUCCACGUAUCCUGCCUACGCGUUGUCGUUCGAAGCGUAACCAGAGAGUGCCAGCAAUGCAAGAUUCGUAAAGCGAAACCAUCGGUACCUAGAAUGAGCCCUCUACCAGCUGCCAGACUAGGAGCAUUCUUCCGGCCAUUUACAUUCGUCGGUCUGGAUUAUUUCGGGCCAAUGACUAUUAGAGUUGGUCGAAGCAACGUGAAACGCUGGGUUGCGUUAUUCACAUGUCUUUCCAUCCGUGCGGUGCAUCUAGAAGUCGUGCAUUCGCUUUCAACCGAGUCAUGCAAGAUGGCAAUUCGGCGUUUUGUAGCCAGGCGUGGCUCACCAUCAGAAAUAUACAGCGAUAACGCGACAAACUUUCUCGGUGCCUGCAACGAACUUCGAAGCGAGAUUAAAAGCAUUAAUGAAAGCCUUGCGGAGACCUUCACAAACGCCAGUACGAGAUGGCUUUUCAUCCCUCCGUCCGCUCCGCAUAUGGGCGGCGCUUGGGAGCGGAUGGUACGCUCAGUUAAAACAGCUUUCUACGCGAUGACAACUACCAAGCUUCCAACGGAAGAGAUGUUCGGAACGGUAUUAGUGGAGGCCGAAGGUAUUGUCAAUUCCAGGCCUUUGACCUUCCUAGCAUUGGAUGAAGGCAACCAAGAAUCAUUAACACCCAAUCAUUUCCUCCUUAUGAGUUCCAACGGAGUCGUGCAGACUCCGAGGAAAAUCUACGAGUCGAAUGCCAUAUGUCGGAGUGACUGGGACCAUUGUCGUCGCAUGGUUGAUCUAUUCUGGCGGCGUUGGAUCCGCGAGUAUCUGCCUGUAAUAUCAAGAAGGACAAAAUGGUUUGGGGAAGUAAGAUCGGUGAAGCAAGGAGAUUUGGUAAUAAUUAUUGACGAUGGACUCCGCAAUGGAUGA